AUGGCGGCGCUGCAGGAGAAGAAGUCGUGCAGCCAGCGGAUGGAGGAGUUCCAGCGCUACUGCUGGAACCCGGACACGGGGCAGAUGCUGGGCCGGACGCUGUCUCGCUGGGUGUGGAUCAGCCUCUACUAUGUGGCUUUCUAUGUCGUGAUGACCGGACUCUUCGCCCUGUGCAUUUACACGCUCAUGUGCACGAUUGACCCAUAUACACCUGACUACCAAGACCAUCUAAAGUCACCAGGGGUGACCCUGAGGCCAGACGUCUAUGGGGACAAGGGCCUGGACAUCUCCUACAACGUCUCCGACAACAGGACCUGGGUGGGCCUCGUGCACGCGCUGCACGGCUUCCUGGCAGGCUACUCGCCAGAGUCCCAGCAGGACAGCAUCAACUGCACCUCCGAGAAGUACUUCUUCCAGGAAAGCUUCAGGGCCCCGAACCACACCAAGUUCUCCUGCAAGUUCACAGCAGACAUGCUGCGAAACUGCUCGGGCCUGGUGGACCCCAACUUCGGCUUCGCGGAGGGCAGGCCGUGCUUCGUGAUGAAAAUGAACAGGAUCGUCAAGUUCCUCCCCAGCAACAGCACGGCGCCCAGGGUAGACUGCGCCUUCCUGGAGCAGCACCGGGACGCCCGGCCCCUGCAGGUGGAGUACUACCCGCCCAACGGCACCUUCAGCCUCCACUACUUCCCCUACUAUGGGAGCAAAGCGCAGCCCCACUACAGCAACCCUCUGGUCGCCGCGAAACUUCUCAACGUCCCCAGAAACACGGAGGUCGUCAUCGUGUGCAAGGUCCUGGCCGAUCAUGUGACGUUCGACAACCCCCACGAUCCCUACGAGGGGAAGGUGGAGUUCAAGCUCAAAAUCCAGCAGUAG